UUCAGAGGAAGAGCGAAAACUGAAGAGUUGCUCAAACGUCAAAAUAUUAAUAAUGUAGUGGUACUGGAGUAAUUCUUUUUUUGGAAGAAAAUACAAACUAAAUGUCACACGUAAUGUCAGUGAAUUUAUGUACAAUGCAAGUGGUUGAUGUGUUAUUACCCUUUUAAAUUGGAUAAUUUUGUUGUGUAAAUUGACUGUUUGUGAUUUUAUUUUGAUUUUUAUUUAGUGCUCUCUUUUAAUCUGCAUUGUUUUAAAGAUGGCUAAGAGGUUAACUGAGGAAAUGGUUAUUGCAAGAACAAAAAUUUCAGAUUUGUCUAAAAUUCGAAGGCUUAACUGUUGGGGAAGUGAACUUGUUGAUGUAUCUCUUUUACAAAAAAUGCCAAAUGUGGAAGUUCUCUCUUUAAGUAUAAACAAAAUAAAUAGCCUAGCAGAUUUCCAAUGCUGUUUGGCUUUGCAAGAAUUGUAUAUUCGUCAAAACGAUAUUAGAGAUCUUAAUCAAAUAUGUUAUCUCCAAGGAUUAGCAAAUCUGCGAAAUUUAUGGCUUGCGGAAAAUCCAUGUUCUUUUAUUGAUGGCUAUCGUCUGACAGUUAUACGCGCUCUACCUCAGCUACAAAAAUUAGACAACAUUGCGAUAACACAGGAAGAAGUAAGAGACGCUGCUAGGAAGGGACGCAUCCUUACACACCCUGAAGAUCCUCAUGAAAGUGAAGAAGAAGUUGAAGAGGAAGAAUAUGUACCUGACAGGCAACAGUACAGUAGGUAUCCUACAGAACAAUAUCAAGAACAACAGUACAGUCCACAAAGAAGUCCAUCUCGACAAGAGACAGAAUAUGACAAUGGUGACAUUGACGGUUACUAUAUAAAAGAGGAGUCUCUUGAAGAUGGGAAAGAGUACAUUACUACUACAAUUCAGCAAAAUUCAUCAAGAAGACAAGAGCAAAUAAGAAGAAGUUAUUCUCCAACUGAAUAUGAUGAGCGGAAGGGUUCUCAAUAUUAUGAACAAACUAAACAAACUCAAUUCUAUGAGAAAACUUCAUUGAAUACUAACAGUUUAGAGGAAGGAGCAGGAGAUAAUUUAAAGGACCUCAAAUUAGUCACAAGCCAAUCCUCUAACAGCAUAAAGGAUUACACUAAUGGAGAAAGGUAUCCUCAAUCAAACCCAGCUGCAUACAGGCAAACGGAAGGCAGUGAAAUUUCAUCGCAUAGUCACGAAGUUCCUACAAGACGUGAAAGAUUUACGUGUCCAGCCGCUCACCAGCCACCUUUUAAUAGAAGACCAGUAACAAGGAACUCCAACAUACUGUCAGCAGUUUUGUGUUUGGUUAAAGAACUAGAUUACCCAAGUUUAGAAGUUGUUGAAAUGGCAGUCAGAUGUCGAAUGGAUGAAUUCGAAGAAUGACAUAAGGAAAAUCGUUCGUCUGACUCUGAUCCUGAAAAUGAGCUUCCUCUAACAUAAAGGGAAGCUACGGCUAGAACUUUCCAACCGAUAAUAGCUUAACAGGAUUUAAAGACUAAACAUACUGACAUUUUCGACAGAACAUCCAAAUAAUUUUUUACUGGUGCUGUAUAUGAUUUAUUAUUAAUACAAUAACUGAAGAUUACUAAACGUAAAACGAAUACUGAACAAAUAACGAUACAAAUGUUAAAAAGAUCGCGAUCUUAAUUAAUAUACUUAAUCGAACAUGAUAAAUCCAGACAGUUAGGAAAUAUAUAGGGCCAGUAAAUUGAUUUGAUUUACUUAAUAUACUCGUUUGUGAUAUACAAGUAAAAAUGUUGAUAGAUUAAAAUUAUAGUGAAAAGUCACUCUUCACUUUUCUCGAAAUUUAUAUAAUUCAAGUUAUAUUUUAGAUCCCAUUUAAUUGUAUACAAAGAAUCUUUAAAUUAUACUUAAAAUUAAACUACUAAAAUUGAUAGGAAAUACCAACUUGGAUUUGAGUAAAAUUUUCAUGAAAAAAUGAGUGAUUAAAAAGUUAUUAUUAAUUGAAAAUUAUCCUUUUUUAAGUUAUAGAAAGAAAUACUUUUGAAAUCGUAGAUAAUAAAUCAGUUUGAUAUUAACUGCUGCUAAAGCAGUAUUAGCGAUUCAAAGUAUGAAAAUGCAUUUUAUCAAAAUUAUAUAUUCUAAUAAAAUAAUUAAUAGCUUUUACUGUAUCAUAUAUAUGCGAUAAUAAGCUGCCUACGUAAUUAUUUUGAAAGCAUUUUCACGUCUGCAUAAAGGUAAUUAUUUAAUACUUGUGAUAUGAAGCGUAUUAAGGAAUGCUAUUUUUAAUCUUCCUUUUUAGCACAAAUUCAUUCUUAAUUGAAUUAGAAAAUUGUUUUAUAUUGUAAAUUUGUGCUUUAGAAAUCGUAUCAGUUUUCGCGUUCAUUUGCAUCUUACAAUUAGUACUUAAAUGCAUAUUUACGUGCACAUUUUACUUAAAAGGCUUACUUUUAUACAGUUUUAAGAAUUUUUAAAUGUAGCUGUGGAGUGUUUUAAUUUUUUUGGAUAUUUUUAUUUUGUAUUUUAUGUUCAAUUUUUUUUUUCAAAAUGUCUAGAAUGCAAUGCUUCCAGUUAUCGGAGAAAUUGCUUCAUAAGAUAUCAACACAAGAGUUAGAGUUGUAGCACAAUAUGGUGCUUUGGCUAGACACAGUAUAAUAAUGUUGAAUAUUGCCGUACUAUUUUAUUCUUAUUGUAAUUUUACGUUUUGUUAAAACUUUGUUGCCUUGAAUCGUAAUGAUGAUACUUGUUGUUUACUUCGUAUAAAAACAAAUAUUCACAAAAUUGUAUUCCUUGGUCCCUUUCAGUUAUAAUUGAUAUUUUACCAUUUGCAGUUUAUGAUUGAAAAAAUACUUUUUAUGAGAAGAAUAUAUACAAGUUUUCUGUUCUGUUUUAAGUAAACGAAUAUUUGAAAUAUGAACAUGGCAAUGCAGAUAUGCAAAUUUUAUUUGAAACCAGAAAUUUGAAGACAUUCCUUAAGAUAUCGUUUUUAACUUGUACUUGUUGAGUUUAUGUAAGAUGGAAUGGAAAUACUAAAAAGAAAUAAAUUAUUUCUACUUACCAAACUA